AUGAAUGACGAUCGGGAGGCUAGUGGCUCUUUACGCCGCGAUGGGCCCGUUUAUUAUCUGAGUAGGAACAGAGUAUGUACUGGGUCAAAUGUGACUUUUGUCAUCGUCGCCCUAGUCCUGACAUGGACUCAAGCCCAGAUCUACUGCAGAGCUCACUACACAGACCUGGCCAGUGUGAGAAACAGCACAGAGAACCAGAAGGUACAGGCGAUGCUUUACGGAGGAGGUUUAUUCUGGUUUGGCCUUUUCAGAGACUCCUGGAAGUGGUCAGAUGGAAGUACCUCCUCAUUCAGGUUCUGGAAGAACGGGCAACCUGAUAACAACAACGAGACUUGUGUGGCUGCAGACUUCAGCCAAUCAGGAGCCUGGGAGGACUGGCCCUGUGACAUGGAGAGAGCGUUCAUUUGCUACGGUCCAGUGGUGUCAAAGAAAGUGGUGAAAGUGAAGUUUGAGAACAAGAAGAAUCUGGAUCUGAAUAACGCUGCUGUGAUGGAGGCCAUGUUGAAGCAGGUAAAUCAUGUUUUAUACUGUUUUACCUUUAUGAAAAAACAAAUGAGAUAAGAUAAGUUUUGUGUCUCAGCUGGAACAGAAGCUGAGGGACCAGGGGCUGGACGACAACAUCAAACUGAGCUGGAGGAAGCAGGCCGAUGGAAAAGUCUUCCACAAGGAAGACAAGAAGACAAACAAGAGGAGGAGGAAGAGGGAUGAGCUGUAAUGUUGAGUUGCUGCGUCUGUUUUCAUCAGAGAAAAGUCUGUUUCUUUCCUCAAAGAUGUGACGGAGCAGAAUAGAGCUGCAACAAUCAGCUGAUUCAUCCAUUAUUCUCUUUA